UGCAGUUUUAGGCAAAGAAAAUAUAAUGAAGCAUGCGGCUGAGCUUCAUAAUGGUCAAGGAGCCUAUCAGUGCCAGUUUUGUAAAAAGGUGGUUUGAAACAACAAUAAAACAGUAUUUUUUAGUUGAAAUGUAUUCUGUUUUGCAGUUUUUCUUGAGAUUGAAUUAUCUGGACAUGCACAGAACAUAUGGGUGCUCAGCUAAUCCUCACAGGACGUGGCCUUUGUGCGACUUUUGUGGGAAAAAGUUUUGUCAACCACAGAAGCUAAAAAUACACAUUAAAAGAAUGCAUAAUGACAUUUCUGAAGUUUUGAAAGAAUUCCAAUGUAAGAGUUGUUUGAAAGUUUUGGGGUCUCGUGCAGCCCUUCAGAGACAUUUAAAAGAAGUACAUAACAAGCAAAUUGAAGGCUCAUGCGCUUGUUAUCGAUGCGGAAAACUUUUUCAAAAUAAGUCAAAUUUAAAAAUUCAUAUGUUAACGCACAGCGGCAUUAAACCAUUUAGGNAAUCGAUUAUUAUCCAAUGA